GGGACCGGCGGCUGAGCCCAGCAGCUGAACGGCCGUUUGGGGGAAGCGGCGGAAGGGCGCCUGGGGGAUCCUGCCCGCUCCCACCGCGCCCGGCCAUGGGGCCGCCGGAGGAGGCGAUGCGGGAGCGCUUGGAGCGCGCCGGCCAGCCCCACCUGCUGCGCUUCUGGGCCGAGCUGGGACCGGCGGAGCGGGAGGCGCUACUGGGGCCGCUGGCGCUGCUGGAGCCCGAGGAGCUGGCCGCGCACUGCCGCCUGGCGGCCCAGGCCUACGCCCGCCAGCAACAGCCAUGCCCGGAGAAGCUGGACGGCCGCAUGGAGCCCCUCCCGCCCGGCAGCGGCGACCCGGAGGCUCUGCAGCGGUGGGAGGAGGAAGGCCUCUGGCAGAUCUCCCAGGGCAAGGUGGCGGCGCUGCUGCUGGCUGGCGGGCAAGGGACGCGUUUGGGGGUGCCCUACCCCAAGGGCAUGUUCGACGUGGGCCUGCCCAGCCACAAGACCCUCUACCAGAUCCAGGCCGAGAGGAUCCGCAAAGUGGAGCAGCUGGCAGGCCAGAAGUUUGGCUCGCGGUGCCUGGUGCCCUGGUACAUCAUGACCAGCGAGUUCACGCUAGGGCCAACGGAGAAAUUCUUCCGGGAUCAUCAUUAUUUCAACCUGGACGAGUCAAACGUCAUCCUGUUUGAGCAGAGGAUGCUGCCGGCCGUUUCCUUUGACGGGAAGGUGAUCCUGGAGGAGAAGGGCAAGAUCGCCAUGGCGCCAGAUGGCAACGGUGGCUUGUAUCGCGCCCUGGUGGACCACAAGAUCCUGCAGGACAUGCAGCGACGGGGCGUCCAGUUCGUGCACGUCUACUGCGUGGACAACAUCCUGGUCAAAAUGGCGGACCCCGUCUUCAUCGGCUUCUGCGUCUCGAAAGGAGCAGAUUGCGGGGCCAAGGUGGUGGAGAAAGCCUACCCGGCCGAGCCUGUCGGGGUGGUGUGUUGCGUGGACGGAGCCGUUCAGGUGGUGGAGUACAGCGAGAUCGUUGCGGAAACGGCCGAGGAACGCAGUCCCGAUGGCCGCUUGGCCUACUGGGCAGGAAACAUCUGCAACCAUUUCUUCAGCCUCGACUUCCUCCGGGAAGUAGCCGAGCAAUUCGAGUCACAGCUGACGCCCCAUGUGGCCAUCAAGAAAGUCGCUUGCGUGGACGAGGAAGGCCGCCGGGUGGCGCCGCUCAAGCCCAACGGGAUAAAGCUGGAGAAAUUUGUGUUUGACGUCUUCCCAUUUGCUAAGAACUUUGUCGCUUUUGAAGUCCCGAGGGAAGAGGAGUUCUCCCCCCUGAAGAACGCAGACACAGCUGCCAGGGACACGCCCACCACGGCACGACGGUCCAUCCUGUCUCAGCAUUACCGCUGGGCCGUCAAGGCGGGGGGAAGAUUCGUGGCAGAGGGCGGGCAGCCGAUCCCGGAAAAGGAGAGUUUCGCCCAAGACGAGGAACCACCUGCUGUGUGUGAGAUCUCGCCUCUAGUCUCUUACUUUGGAGAGGGGCUGGAAAAAUAUAUCCGGGGCAAAAAUCUUCCAUCUCCGUUUCUUCUUGAUGAAAGCAAAGCUGAAUUUUUAGCUUUGCCUGAAGCUGGGCAGCUCAAUUUUGGGGAAAAGGUCCCUAUUUCUUUUAAAAACUAAAGCAAUUCUUUUUAGAAAAAAAAGUAACUUUGAAAAAAGAGUGGGGUUUUUUUUUUUUGAAAAGCAAGGCAUGUUUUACCUUCCUGGAGGAAGGUCGGGAAAACGACUGGAUAUCUGUGAAUUUUUCUUCAUAUUAAAAUGAAUUUUA